AUGAUAGAGACUCCAACCCAUACAACAGAACCGAUAGUCACAGGUUCAUCUGUUCUUGGAGUCCAGUGCGUGGACGGUGUCGUGCUUGCCUGUGACACGCUUGCCUCAUACGGUUCGCUGGCGCGGUUUCAACGCAUCACGAGGCUGCACCAGCCGGCGCCUGGUGUCGUUAUCGCUGGUGGCGGAGAGUACUCUGACCUGCAACAGUUAUUUCGGAUCACGGACAAUAUCUUUCGCCAAGAGUUCUGUCAAGAAGACGGCUAUGAGCUGUCGCCGCGCGCUCUCCACAGCUAUCUUGCGCGUGUGUUGUACGGAAGACGCUCGCGAAUGGACCCGUUGUAUAACAGCCUAGCGGUCGCAGGGAAGGGUCGCUUCCUGGGCUGCAUCGAUCUCUACGGCACCGCCUUUGAGUCGGAAGCGGUGGCGACCGGCAUAGGUGCGUUGCUAGCCCUGCCUUUGAUCCGGAAACAGUGGCACGCAGCGCUCGCUAUGGAUGAGGGCGUGCGUUUACUCGAAGAGUGUCUUCGGGUGCUUUACUAUCGUGACUGUCGCGCGCUCCGAUCGGUGCAAGUUGCUAAGGUGUCGGAUAGUGGAGAGGUGCUGAUUUCCGAGCCAUACGAGCUAUCGAACCUGCAGUGGAAGGUUGCGCAAGCUGCUGAAGAGGUCUAG